AUGUCAGACUACUCCGAUGAUGAUUACUCGGACUUUGACGAGCCCAAGCUGAGAAAAACGCCACUUUCUGACUCUACAAACACAUCCACCCCAACACCAAAUUCCAACACCAAUGCAAGUGAACAAUACCAGAAGUUGUCCCAGUUGGAGCAUAUCUUGAAACGUCCCGAUACGUACAUUGGGUCAGUGGAAAAGAAUAAGGUGGAGAUGUGGUGCUUUGACAGCGAAUCGGAAAUGAUGAAGUUCAGUGAGGUCACCAUUGUCCCUGGUUUAUAUAAGAUCUUUGAUGAGAUCUUGGUCAAUGCUGCUGACAACAAGAUCAGAGAUCCCAGCAUGAAAAAUAUCAAAGUGCUGAUUGAUGCCGAAAAUAAUACUAUUCUGGUGAUGAACGACGGCCGAGGCAUUCCCGUGGAGAUUCACACCAAAGAGAAGAUGUACAUUCCUGAGAUGAUCUUUGGAAACUUGCUUACAUCGUCCAACUACGAUGAUGACCAGAAGAAAGUCACUGGUGGCCGUAAUGGAUACGGUGCCAAACUCUGUAAUAUUUUUUCCACGGUGUUCACGGUGGAGACAGCGGACCAGAACACUGGUCAGUUGUACCACCAGACAUGGACCGAUAAUAUGUCCAAGGUGGGAAAACCCAAGAUAACCAAAGUCAAGAAUAAGCGAGAGUACACUAAGGUCACAUUCAAGCCGGACUUGUCCAAGUUCAAUAUGGAUUCUUUGGAUGAAGAUACAUUGUCAGUGUUAAGAAGAAGAGUGUACGAUUUGUGUGGAACAGUCAAGGACUGCUCCAUCUACUUGAACGACAAAAAGUUAUCUAUCCGAAACUUCAAGUCCUACGUGGAGAUGUACGUCAAGGCUAUCCAGGAGAAGGCUCCUGCUCUCCAACCCGAAGCUGGCAACUUUCUUUCUAUAGUACAUGAGCAGCUAAAUGAAAGAUGGGAGGUUGCGUUUGCUGUGAGUGACGGCAACUUCAAUCAGGUGAGUUUUGUCAACUCCAUUGCAACUACUGCCGGUGGUACUCAUGUCAAGUAUGUCAGUGACCAAAUCAUCGAUAAGUUGUUGGAAGAAUUAAAUAAGAAGGAAAAAGGAAAGAAAAAGCUCAUGAUCAAAGCAAACCAGAUCAGAAGCAAUAUGUUUGUGUUCAUCAACUGUCUUAUUGAGAACCCUGCCUUCACAUCGCAGACCAAAGAGCAACUUACAACGCGUCCAGGACAGUUUGCGUCCAAACAGAAGGAUAAAGUUGUGAUUCCCGAUCUGUUCAUAAAGAAAGUGCUCAAAACAAGUAUCAGCGACACAAUUAGAAGUAUUGUGGAUGCCAACGAAGACAAGGCUUUGUCCAAGGAUGACGGAAGACGGAAAACAAGGAUCAAGGGCCAGGUUAAGUUGGUCGACGCCAACAAGGCAGGUACAAAGGAGGGAUUCAAAUGUACGUUGAUUUUGACGGAGGGUGACUCUGCCUUAUCCCUUGCGGUUGCUGGAUUGGCUGUUGUUGGCCGUGACCACUAUGGUUGUUUCCCACUCCGUGGUAAGUUGCUUAAUGUCAGAGAUGCCUCUGCUGACCAAAUUGCAAAGAAUGCAGAAAUCACCGCUUUAAAGAAAAUCAUUGGUUUGCAGCAUAGAAAGCACUACACACCCGAGAAUAUCAAAGAGUUGCGUUAUGGCCAUGUGAUGAUCAUGACCGAUCAGGAUCAUGAUGGUUCGCAUAUCAAGGGUUUGCUCAUCAACUUUUUCGAGUCGAGUUUUCCUGGCUUGCUUGAUGUUCCAGGAUUCUUGCUUGAGUUCAUCACUCCCAUUGUUAAGGUCUCUAUCGGUAGUCGUGGAAGACUGAACACCAAAAUCUCGUUCUACUCUAUGCCAGAGUUUGAACACUGGAGAGAUACUGAAGGAAGAAAUUGUCGCUGGUCUCACAAAUACUAUAAGGGUUUGGGUACUUCUACAGCAGCCGAAGCUAGAGAGUAUUUCUCGCAAUUGGAAAAGCAUUUGAAGGAGUUUCAUGCCUUGCAACUGGAUGACCCAGGAUUGAUCGAUUUAGCCUUCUCCAAAAAGAAAGCUGACGAUAGAAAAGAAUGGUUGCAAGGAUUUCAACCCGGAACACAUCUCGACUCCGAAAUGAAGGUGAUUCCAAUCUCUAACUUUAUUAACCAGGAAUUGAUUUUAUUCUCCAUGGCAGAUAACAUCCGGUCAAUCCCUUGUGUUUUGGAUGGAUUCAAGCCUGGUCAGAGAAAAGUUCUUUUCGGAUGUUUCAAAAGAAAUUUGGUCCGUGAAAUGAAGGUUGCACAGUUGGCGGGUUACAUUGGCGAAAAGACCGGAUACCACCACGGCGAGCAGUCGUUGAUGCAAACGAUCAUCGGAUUGGCACAGAACUUCAUUGGUUCCAAUAACAUCAACUUGUUGAAACCAAAUGGAGGUUUCGGAACAAGAGCCGCUGGGGGAAAAGAUUUCUCUGCGGCCAGAUAUAUUUUCACAGAGCUUAACGAAAUUACCAGAAAGAUUUUCAACCCGUUGGAUGAUCCCCUUUAUACUUAUGUUCAAGAUGAUGAGCAGACUGUUGAGCCCGAGUGGUAUUUGCCCGUCAUUCCGAUGCUCUUGGUUAAUGGAGGUGAAGGUAUUGGAACCGGAUGGUCUACGAAUAUUCCAUCGUACAAUCCAACCGAUAUUGUUCGGAACAUCAAGGCCUUGAUGAGUGGUGAAGAUUUGGAAGACUUGGUUCCAUGGUACAGGGGAUGGGAAGGUGAAGUGGAGAAAAUUGCCGAUGGAAGAUUCAAACUCUUAGGUCACAUUGAAGAAGUCGACGACAAAACGUUGGAAAUCACCGAAAUUCCCGUUAAAACUUGGACGAAUAACAUGAAGGAGUUUUUAUUGGACGCAAUUAACAGCGACAAGAACCCAUGGAUCAAAGAUAUGGAAGAACACCAUGGUGCCAACGUCAGGUUCAUUAUUAAGUUGACUGAGACAGAAAUGGCCAAGUCAUUGCAGAUUGGAUUACUUGAAAGAUUCAAAUUGACUUCCACUGUUAGUUUGACAAAUAUGGUGGCUUUUGAUCCUUUGGGCAGAAUCAAGAGAUACGAAGAUCCCAACGAUAUUUUGAGAGACUUCUACUUUGUCCGUUUGGAAUACUAUCAAAAGCGUAAGGAUUUUUUGACCGAUGACUUGCAGAACCAAUUAGUUAAAUUGAGUGAACAGGCCCGGUUUUUGAAAUUGAUCAUUGACGGAAAGUUGAGUGUUGCCAAUAAGAAACGUGCACUCUUGGUUAAAGAUUUGAUCAAGUUCAAGUUUGCCAGAUUCAACAAGCAGGGCCAACGAGUUCAAGACGACUCCCUGUCUCUUUUCGUUGAAGAUGCCGAGAGUAUUUUGCAAGAAGAAGAAGAGAAUAUUGGCGACGUGAGUCAAUUGAAUGCACAAGGAGUAACCGAACUAGGGGCUGCUGAAUACGAACAUGUUCCAGAGAACGUGUAUACUCAAUAUGAUUAUUUGUUAGGCAUGUCACUUUGGUCUUUGACUCGGGAAAGAUAUGAAAAGUUGUUGAGACAAGGCGGAGAAAAAGAAGAGGAGUUGAACAUUUUACUUGGAAAGAGUGCAAAAGAUUUAUGGAGUGAAGACCUCGAUGCGUUCAUGGUCAGCUGGCAGAAAUUCUUGGAUGAUGACGAGAAAGAACGCUCGAGGCUCAUUGCUGGGCCAGGGCCGAAGGCGAAAGGGAAAAAGCGUAAGGUCAAGACGGAGGAUGAAGAUGAUGAUUAUGGGGCACCUAAGAAAAGGGCCAAAUCCAAGUCCUCUACGCCUGCUCCUUCCAAGAAGGCAAACGGUACAACCAAGAGUCAACCUAAGGCGGCCAAGAAGCAGCAAACCCUUCAAUUGAAGAAGGAACUGGCCGAGUCUACACCAAAGCCGGAAGACGACUUACUUUCAUUCUUUAAGAAGACUGACAAGGUUUCCAAACCCAAAGUUACUAAAUCGACAAAAAAGCUGGUGUUUGGUGACAGUUCGGACGAAGAAGUCAUCGAAAGAACCUCCAGGUUCAUCGAUCUGGAUGAUGCGAUGGAGUCGGAUGCACCGGGGGAAGCACCCAGCAAACCUAAAGUAAUACAAAAUUCGAAACGUUUGCCGGAACUUGAGAUUGUUGACUUAGAUGAGGAACCGGUGGUGGAAAAAAAGAAGAAGAAAGCUAUGCCAUCGAUCCAAGAUGAGCUUGACGACUUGUAUUUUGUCAAGGAGACGACACCAAAUCGCCAGAGAAAGAGCGUGAAUUACCAGGUGGAUGAUAUUUCUGAAAGCGAAGCUGCUGAUUCGUCCGAUUACGAAGAGUCCGACUAA